AUGGAGAAAGAUCUUUGGGAUGAGAUUCAAAAUUUAGCACUAGGGAGAGAAGAUCCAGAACUCCUAAUCCCAAACUCAGACUAUGAAGAUGUCCUAGCAAGUAACAGGCUUAGCCUGAUAGCCCGACCACUUAAUCCGAUUGAUCAAAAUCUGCUUGAAGUGGCGGCAAACCUCCCUACAGCCUGGGGUCUAGCAUCUUCGGUUCAUGGCAGAGUUCUCGAUGACCGUUUCGUCCAGUUUCGAUUCCAGUCUGAAAGAGAUCUGAUAUCAGUACUACGAAGGGAACCAUGGAGCUUUAAUAGAUGGAUAGCUAGAUCCUUAGGGGAAUUAGUGCAGGUGGACUUUGAAGAUUCAGUCACCAAUCAGAUUUCAUUCCUCCGAGUAAAAAUCAGAGUCUCUAUAACUGAUCGCUUUAGGUUCUUUAGAAGGGUGAGAUUUCAAACAGGUGAUAGAGCUAUGCUAGGAUUUCAGUACGAGAGAAUGGAAAAAAUCUGUACUAAUUGUUGUAGGAUUAUGCACCCUACCUCUCGAUGUCCCUUUGAGCAUACCAAUCCAAAUCAUUACAACAACCAAGAAAACCAAGCUCAUCAAAGGAGAAAUGAUGGAAUCGAGGACCCGGAUUCAGCCCCUAUCUCACAACAAUCAAGCCCAGUCGCCCAAGUCCCUGUCUUCGCUCAUGAAAACCAGCCUAUGUAUCCUAAGAAACGAGCAGGCCCUUACUUUGCCUUAGCAUUUCUGCACUUUGAACUCUCGGGCAAAGACGAGUCUAUCGGUUCAAACCUAGAAGGAGGCUCUCCUCCCAAGAUACAGUCUAAGUACGAAGUAGGAGAAUGCUCAAAACAAAGACUGAAUGUUAACCCAAAGAAGGAACUUCCAAUGAAGAAGAGAACAAGUCUGCCGGACCAUGAUAGAGAAGACGAUCACCAAACAUCUUACCCUCCUUGA